CAUCGACCGUUUUUCAUCAGAUACUUCAUCCUUUUUAAUCAACUUGCAGCCUUUUACUACAUUUAUGUGCAUUCUCCAAUAUGAACAAAAAGUUAAAUUUGAAGCUCUCGCUUAACAGAACGACAAGCAAUUUGUCUAACGAGUCCCAGCCGUUCACUCCGCUUGAGCAGACCCCUACCUUCUACUUUGCGCCUCCGGCAGUCCCAGGUGGAGGAGCCAGAACUCCUGUUGAUUCGAUAUACUCCAACCCGCAAUACAACGAAUCUGACGAUAUUUUGACAGACAUUGACGAACUACAAGGAACAUGCAAAACCACCCGCAACUAUACUCUUAACUUCACUCCUAGCUUUGAUCAACUUGUAUUAUCAAUUUAUUCGCAUAUCUUGUCAUUGCCUACCACCACUCCUUUUCUGGGAAUGACACCUCCUAGUGGACUUGUGAGUAAAGUUGCUAAUGAAACCAUGUCUAAGUUGAUUGCAAACACACAAACCAGCAAUCCUCCUUUGUACGACCACCAGAGUAUUAUCAACGCUGAAUACCUUAGAAACCAUUCUUACCAACCCAUCUUUUUGCAGUUGAUACGGAAGAGGUUAUUGGACUUAUGCCUUUUCAACAGCUACAACGGUGCUACCACUAUUUCAGUGACAGCUUCAUCUAAUGUAGCAAAUGGCGGAUUAAGACAGUCUUCGAUUUCAAAUUUGUCAUUGAAUGAAUUGAACAUUCUGAACUACAACAGCAACAAUACCUCAACCAGAUCCAGAUCCUCUUCUCUCAGCUUGAGGAAACAAUCUUUGACAAGAAACAAUUCAUACACCAACAACAAUUGGUUGCACGUUGGAAAUAUAAAUAGUAUUAGACCCUCCAGCAACGCCAACGGUCCCAUUCACCACGGUGGUGAACACUAUAAUGCUAGCACAGACUCAUUGCAAUCGAUGCAAGACUAUGUUACACAAUCCUUCAUUAAUAGAUCUGCCAACAAUAACAAUAACAAUAACAACAACGCCAGUCUUACUGCUCCUUCAACAAAUUUCAAUUCUAUGAUGAUGGACUACCAGACCCCACCAUCUUCAAAUAAGGGCUCGAUUUCUGGUCCUACCAUGACCCCACCCUAUAAUACCCAAACAAUCCAGAACUCCAUAAAUAAUGGCCAUUCGAUGAAUCCAGAAUAUGAUGAUUUUGCAUUUUACCAGUUUCAGCAAGCCAGAUCGCGUUCUUCGUCUAGAGGAAACAACUCAUUUCCAAUACCUUUGACUAUCAACACAGAUUCGGCUAACAUACAGGCAUUGAAUGCCUUAAACGGUGGUCCACUUUCUGGAGGACCCAAUGCCCAUAGAAACAAUCACACCGGGUUGAGCUUGGAUUCUCCAUUUAUGUCUGCUACUUCGUUGUCCGAGGAAAGCGGUUAUUUCGGAGAUAGAUUCCCACAACCACCUCAGGUGAGUAGCAAUGUUCAAGCUGACAGUCCAACUAAUGCGGAACCCGCAUUGGGUGACUCUCGUAUUAACUUGCAUAACCAGUUCAGCUUGAGUGAGAAGAAGAGAGAUUCAUUGAAGUUGAAGAGAGGUAUCCACUAG